AUGGUCUACCUUCCAACAUUCAUACUAUUCCUCAUCCCGCUAGUGAUGGGUCAGCCGACCCCCACCCAGCUAUCCUCGGCGCCAUCAUCUACGAACAACCUCGUCCCAUCAUCUAUACUUCACAACAUACCCAACAGUACGCCUACACCUAAUUUCGUUGGCAACCACUCACAUUCUGUACAUCCAGCUUCCUCAGGCAAACAUCACAAGAGAGCAGGGAUAGACGAUUAUCUAUGGAUGAGCAGUAUCCUCCGUGUCGUCGAUAAGGGAGUGAACAGGCAGGAUCAAAAGGAUGAAGAUAGUUUGGCUAAGGCUGCUUCGACGAAACAGGGUUUAGAAGGCGAGAUUAGACUGGAUGACACAAUUUCGACGGGUGGCACUGGUGGGAAAGCGAAGAGAAGGAGAAGAAGGAGAAGUCAUCCAUAG